AUGCGGUCCCUUCUCGUCUUCUUCUGUAUCAUCUCAGUCGCCGCCGCUCUCAACUGUUACAUCUGCAACAGCUUGGCCCAACCGGACUGUGUCAGCAACUACACAUCCUUCAACAAGGUACACAACAUUUUCCCUCCUCUUAUCAUUUUUCAUCCAAACAGAUCUGUCCGGUGAAAUCAUUCGCUGGGCUGAAAGCCGUGAAGCCAGUCGGAUGCCGUGUUGUCCGCCAGUACGUCCAAGGUGAGUUCCGCUAUCUUUUCGCAGAUCUUGAACUUCUCUUUUCUUCUCCAAUAGCAAGUUUCACAACAAAGUUUAGCUCUCUGCCUCGGGCUCAGUUUCACAGAAAAGAGAGAAAGAAAGAAAAGGGAGAGAGCGAGAGAGAGAGAGAGAGAGAUUGGUUUCUUUCCGGGUCCUUGAAGAACCAACUCUUUCAGAGGAAACUUCGGUCGUCAGAGAGUGUGCCUACACUGGAGAGAAUGUCGUCAAGAAGUCGAACAAGGUCAGCAACUGGCCCGGAAAUCCCCAUUUGAUCCUCAAUUUUCAGGGAUCUCUGGGCGUGAGCCGUGUGUACACGCAGUGCUCCGAGAACAUCUGCAAUUCCGCCGACUCCGUCUUCCAGUUCUUCGCCGCAACAGUCGUCAUCGCCCUAUACAAACUGAUUGCCUGA